AUGGAGGCCGAAACCCAGAAACAGGCCGAAGAGAAGCGACUCGAAGAGGAACUCAAGCAAGCUGAAGCUCGGAAGCAGGCCGAAAGUUCAGAACACCGCAGCCCAGCUCUUCUCCCACCACCGCAACCUGCCGCCCCGAACACAAGUGUCCCGCCUCGCCGGGUCGCCGCCACCACCGCCGGUGGUGAGAAAAUCCGCCUCAAAGGGCCGGAAGAUCCCAUCCACAUCUCCGCUACUACUCCCAAGAACGGAAGGGCGGCCGCUCCACGCGCUGCCCAGCAGCAACCUCUCACCGGCUUCGGCUUCACCGGCGCCACCCGUCCGACCCAGGACUCCCGUCCGUCCAUUGGGAGUCAGCUCUGGUGCUGGGGAUGA